CACUGAUCAGCCCACUGAGCCAAAAUGGCGGAUGACAAGGAUCCUCUGAAACAGUUGAAAGAUCUAACGCAGCUCAAAAAUCAGCUGGAGGACAUCCAGAGACGAGUGGAGCGUGAAGUAUCCGCAGGAAUUCCCCAGGGCGGCUCAGUGCUGGGAUCGCCGUUUUUGAAAGGCUUUUUGGCUGGAUAUGUGGUGGCAAGACUACGUUCAUCUGCCUUCCUGGGAGUCCUGCUGGGAACAGUCACUGGCAUGUACGCAGCACAGAAUUAUCAAGUGCCCAACAUAGAGAGGACCUUUAAAGAGUACAUGAACAACUUGAAAAAAGGACCAAAGUAAUCUGGAGUGUCUUUCUGGUGACUUUAAAGACUUUUAAGAAUAAAUAAUCCUGGAGUGCCUGGCUCAUGAUAGAUCAGGAUUCUUGUCUAGACUGGCUUAUGGAUGUCAUCGUUUAACUUGAGUUUUACUGGGGUCUGAAUAUAUGCUUCUUUUUUUUCGCGCAUUUUUGUUUUGAAUGAUGUUACAUGCUGCUGUUUCAUUUCCACACUUGCAUUUGUCCAGUGUUAACACUCUGAAUCUUUGGAUUUCAUCACCUUAGUUUUGUUGCAGCUGUCCAUCAGAUUUUUAACUGAUAAUGUGUAAAAUAGGCUAGAAAUCUUUCCUGCACCUUUGUUGUUUAGCUAAAAUACAUAUCUACGCAGAGAAAGAUCUAAGUGUUAUGAAUUACCAAUCAAAUGUUGUAAUUCAUUUCUUUUCA